AUGGCAGAAUUCAACAGAGCAUCACUCGAAGAGUUAUUAAAGAAACGUUUCUUCUUUGCUCCUUCUUUUUCGGCUUAUGGAGGCGUCGCUGGUCUGUAUGACUAUGGCCCUCCAGGCUGUGCUCUCCAGGCUAACAUACUCGAUUUGUGGCGCAAGCAUUUCGUGCUUGAGGAGGAUAUGCUAGAAGUAGAUUGUACUAUUAUGACUCCACAUGACGUACUAGAAACUUCUGGUCAUGUGGAAAAAUUCACAGAUUGGAUGGUUAGAGAUUCACAAAGUGGUGAAAUUUUCAGAGCUGAUCAUCUGAUAGAAAAUGUAUUGGAGACGCGUUUAGAAGGGGAUAAGAAAGCGAAGUCAACCGAUACUUUAUCCGCCACGGCGAGUAAAAAUAAUACCAAAACGAAGAAAGGGGGUGCUGUGCCCGUUCUACUGGAUAGUGCAACCAAAGCAGAAUACGAAGAGAUCUUGGCAAAAAUUGACAAUUACACCGGCCCCGAGCUUGGUGAAAUCAUAAAGAAGCAUAAUAUCAAGAAUCCCGAGACUGGUGGCGAUCUUACGGAUCCUGUUGAAUUUAAUCUGAUGUUUGAGAGUAGCAUUGGACCAACUGGUUCUCUCAAAGGUUACCUCCGUCCCGAAACCGCACAAGGUCAAUUCCUUAAUUUCAAAAAACUUCUCGAAUUUAAUAACGAUAAGAUGCCGUUUGCAUCUGCAUCCAUUGGACGAUCAUUUCGAAAUGAAAUAAGUCCACGGUCUGGAUUACUUCGUGUCAGAGAGUUUGUCAUGGCCGAGAUUGAACACUUUGUCGACCCGUUGAGUAAGGAUCAUCCUCGGUUUGAUGAAGUAAAAGAUAUCAAGCUGAGAUUAUUGGACAGUUCAAUUCAAUCGGAGGGAAAGACUGAACCAAAGGAGUUAACCAUUGGCAAGGCUGUCGAGGAGAAAAUAGUUGAUAAUCAAACUCUUGGUUAUUUUCUAGCUCGAAUCCAGCUUUUCCUUACUAAACUCGGAAUAAAUCCCCAACGACUUCGAUUCCGUCAACAUAUGUCAAAUGAAAUGGCCCAUUAUGCAUGUGAUUGUUGGGAUGCCGAGAUUCAAAGUAGCUAUGGUUGGAUCGAAUGUGUUGGAUGUGCCGAUAGAUCUGCAUUUGAUUUGACAGUGCAUUCUAACCGAACGGGUGAAAAGCUCGUUGUAAGGGAAAGUUUACCUGAACCUAGAGUUUACGAAAAGACUGUACUGGACAUUAACAAGAGGAUAUUUGGGCCGAGGUUCAGACAGAAUGCCAAGACAUUAGAGUCAUACUUGUUAGGGCUGAGUGAGGCAGAACUGGAAAAACUAAAAAGCGAUAUCGAAAGUAACGGAGGGAAAGCUACUGUCAACCUUCCCAAUGGGAAUUCAUAUGAAGUCGGGUCAGAUUUCUUGACUAUUGGGCGCCAGACGUUUACAGAACAUGUUCGAGAAUAUAUUCCUAAUGUAAUAGAACCGUCGUUUGGCAUCGGUCGUAUUCUUUAUUCUCUAAUUGAACAUGUUUACUGGACACGUGAAGGGGACGAACAGAGAGCGGUUUUAUCUUUCCCACCACGCGUGGCACCUUUCAAAUGCUUACUAGUUCCACUUAGUAAUAACGCGGCAUUUGCCCCAUUGGUUCGUGACAUCUCUUCCCGUUUGCGAAAGUUGAACAUUCCGAUAAAGGUAGAUGACUCUUCAAAUUCCAUCGGUCGUCGGUACUCGCGUAACGAUGAACUCGGUACGCCAUUUGCCAUCACAAUCGAUUUUCAAUCGACGAAUGACGGUACCGUUACAUUACGCGAACGAGAUUCAACUAAACAAAUCAGAGAGCCAGUGGAUGUAAUCUUGGACAUUGUCAAGGAACUUGUAGAGGAGAACACCACCUGGAAGAACGUAAUGGAAAAGUACACAACAUUUGUACGACAGGAGCUUGAUUAG